GCCAAAGUGUCAUUAAGCGUCUCUUCCGGUUUAAACGGAAAGAGGUGCUCUCUUUCCCCCUGUGCCGUCAGCGGACUAAACGUGUCCGACAAAAUGGCACUUUAUAAUUUUAAGAAGAUUAUGGUGGUUCCCACCGCAAAGGAUUUCAUCGACAUCACUUUAUCCAAAACACAAAGGAAGACACCCACAGUGGUACACAAACAUUACCAGAUCCACCGUAUCCGACAUUUUUACAUGCGAAAGGUGAAGUUCACCCAGCAGAACUACCAUGACCGCCUCACGCAGAUCCUCACCGACUUCCCCAAGCUCGAUGACAUCCAUCCAUUCUAUGCUGAUCUGAUGAAUGUGUUGUAUGACAAAGACCAUUACAAGUUGGCCUUGGGACAGAUAAACAUCGCCAAGAAUUUGAUUGAUAAUGUUGCUAAAGACUAUGUGCGUCUGAUGAAGUAUGGAGAUUCUCUGUACCGGUGUAAACAGCUGAAGAGAGCCGCUCUGGGUCGUAUGUGCACCAUCCUGAAACGACAGAAGUCAAGUCUGGAAUAUCUGGAACAAGUGCGUCAGCAUCUGUCCCGUUUGCCGACCAUUGACCCCAACACGAGGACCCUGCUUCUGUGCGGUUACCCCAACGUUGGCAAGUCUAGUUUCAUCAACAAGGUGACCAGAGCGGAUGUCGAUGUCCAGCCCUACGCUUUCACCACCAAGUCUCUGUUUGUGGGUCACAUGGACUACAGAUACCUCCGCUGGCAGGUGGUGGACACUCCUGGUAUCCUGGACCACCCUCUGGAGGACAGGAACACCAUCGAGAUGCAGGCCAUCACAGCUCUGGCUCACCUGCGAGCAGCAGUUCUGUAUGUCAUGGACGUGUCCGAGCAGUGCGGUCACACCCUACAGGAACAGCUGGAGCUCUUCAACAACAUCCGACCCCUGUUCGCCAACAAGCCUCUCAUCAUCGUGGCCAACAAAUGUGAUGUGAAGAAGAUCAAUGAGCUGUCUGAGGAGAACCAGAAAAUCUUUGCAGAUCUCUCUACUGAGGGAAUUCCCGUGAUUGAGACCAGCACCCUGACCGAGGAGGGAGUCAUGCAAGUCAAAACUGAGGCCUGCGACCGGCUCCUCGCCCAUCGUGUUGACACCAAGAUGAAGGGCAAGAAAGUUCAUGAUGUCCUCAACCGGCUCCACCUGGCCAUGCCCACCAAGAGAGAUGAGAAGGAGAGGCCUCCGUUCAUCCCAGAAGGAGCCUUGAUGCGCAAGAAAGCGAUGGAAGUGGACGCACCCAAACGCAAACUGGAGAGAGAUCUGGAGAUGGAGCUUGGUGAUGACUAUGUUCUGGACCUACAGAAAUACUGGGAUCUGAUGAAUGAGGAUGAGAAGCAUGAUAAGAUCCCUGAAGUGUGGGAGGGCCACAACAUUGCAGAUUACAUUGAUCCUGAAAUUAUGAAGAAACUGGAGCUGCUGGAGAAGGAGGAGGAGCUGAAGGAGCGAGCCGGGGAGUACGACUCUGAUGAUGAGAGCGAGGAUGAGGAGAUGCAGGAGAUCCGCGUUCUGGCCAAACAGAUUCGCGAGAAGAAGCAGCUCCUGGUCAUGGAGUCCAAAGAGAAGGAUGUGCAUGGGCCUCGCAUGCCUAGAACUGCCACCAAGGUUGAAAGAAAGAAGCUAGAGAAGGAGAUGGGUGGCCUUGGUCUGGACAUGGAUGACAAGGAUGACAGCCAUUACGCUCAACAGGCCAGGCGGUCCCGAAGUGUCACAAAGAAACGUAAGCGUGAAGCCUCAGCUUCAGCCCCUCCGACCUCCAAAACCCGUAGCCAGAGUGCCUCCCGUCCACCACGAGAUCAGUCUGGAUUACGAGAUAAAAAGAUGAUAAAGAAGGCAAAGACCAUGAUGAAGAACUCCCAGAAAGGAAUGAACCGCCAAGGCAAGAAGGGAGAGGCAGACAGACAUGUGUUUGACCUUAAACCCAAACACCUCCUGGCCGGGAAGAGGAAGUCUGGCAAUACUGAUCGCAGAUAAAACUGCUUUUUCUGGACUCUUGAGACCUGGACACUCUUUUGGAGAGGCUUCUGUGUGGAGAUAGUUUGUCUUCAUUCGCUACAUUUUCCCCAGCUGUAAAAAGAGGAACAUGAAAUAUGUUUCCCUUUGAAGCCAGGAAACUGGAAAAUGCACCACCCAUUUAAAUGAUAUGUAAUCAUAACAAUGUCUUUUGUUUGUCCGCUUUCAAGGUUUUGCUCUCAAAAGUAAAACUGCAGAUCUCAGAAAACAAAACUAUAUGGAAAAGCAGGGACUCAGAAAGCAGUUGUGUAAUAGUUAAUAUCUUUAUUUUGUCACUGCAAUUGCCAUGAUCAAACAUACACCUUGAUUAACAAAAGAUAUGUCACAUAUUCAGAUGUUAAACUGAUUUGUAUAAUUUCACAAGUUUAUCUCUUGGCAAAGCAGUAAAUGAACUUUUAUGCCUUACAUCUUGUCUGUGACUCAGGAAAUACUGGGUUUAAUUUGGAUAAAGUGAUGAUGAUACUUCCUUUGCAUGUCUCUGAGUAGCAUACAUUAACAAGGGAGCCAAAUAAAUACACCUCAACUAAACUGUC